GUUCCACUCAAGGAUAUCUGCAAUUAAUCUCCAGUGACACCAGGAGAAAGGGAGAAAACACAGGAUGAAGAAUACACUCAAGGAUCUGAAAAAUUACUGGAGGCUUUAUCUUCUGACAUUGGUGCUGGGGAUCGGGGGAACAUUUCAGUUUGGGGUUCAAAUUUCCAUCCUGGCCUCCUCAGAAGAACACAUACAGAGGUUUGUUAACCAGACAUGGCUGUGGAGAUAUGAGGUUCCAUUGGAGGAGUCCACUGAAAAGCUGAUCAGGUCUUCCAUGGUGUCGUUGCUCAGCCUUGGGGCCUGGCUGGGUGCUGUCCAUAGCGGGAGCCUUUCUGUUGUUUAUGGCAGGAAAAAAUCCUUACAGAUCAAUAAUAUUGUGGCAAUUGUUGCUGCUUUACUCAUGGUUUUGAGUCGUGUUGCCAAAUCCUUUGAGCUCAUCCUGCUUGGCAGAUUUUUGUAUGGCUACAAUGUGGGUCUAGGGCUUAAUGUGCAUCUCAUGUAUAUUGGAGAGAGCUCUCCAAAGAAACUGCGUGGGUUCUUGACCCUCACGACUGCCAUCUUCAGUGCCUUAGGAAAGGUCAUCGCUCCAGUAAUUGGAACCAGGGAACUGUUGGGGACAGACAACCUGUGGCCUUACCUCAUGGCCUUCAGUGGUAUCCCUGCCUUACUGCAAUUCCUAACACUGCUCUAUUUCCCUGAAGCACCUCGAUAUACUUACAUCAAUAAAGCAGAUGAAGAGGGCUGCAAGAAAGCUUUAAGAUGGCUCUGGGGCAGUGAUGACAUCAAACUGGAGCUGGAAGACAUGGCCAAGGAUUACAGCAGUAUGAAGGGACAGAAGACCAAGUCAGUUUGUGAUGUUCUGCGCUCACGCUCAGUACGCUGGCAGUUACUUGCUCUGAUCAUCCCCUGUGCUGGUAUACAGUUUUCAGGCAUCACAGCGCUGUACUUCUAUGCGUUUGACAUAUUCCGCCAAACUGGGGUGCCAGAGGAUCAGAUGCACAACUUGUCCAUUGGGAUUGGAGCCACAGAGCUUGUUUCCAGUAUUCUCUGUUCACUGUUGAUAGACCGUACAGGCCGGAAGAAGCUGAUGGGUUUUGGCUACCUACUAAUGGGGAUGUUAAUGUCACUGUUGACAGUCACAUUGUAUUUCAAGGAUUAUUACCCCUGGGUCUCAAGCUUUAACAUAAGCCUCAUAUUUUCUCUGAUCUGUGUUUAUGGACUUGGGCCAGCUGGUGUAAGCAUGACCCUCCCAGCUGAUAUCUUCCUGCAAGCCUGGCGCCCCUCUGCUUUUGUCAUCAGUGGCUCCAUUUGCUGGGUUAGCCAAUUCCUCAUUGGGAUGUGCUUCCCUUAUAUAGUGGACAGCUUUAAAGAGUUGUGUUUCCUGAUCUUUGUGGCUUACUGCAUCUUCAGUGGAGCAUUCAUGCUCUACUUCAUCCCAGAGACUAAGGACAAGACCAUGAUGGAGAUCAUGGAGGAUUUCGACAAACUAAAUUUCAAGGGCAUGGAAUCCAAUACUGACAUGAAAGACUUUGUACUUGCAACAAAGCUAUGA